UAGAGCAUUAUCACACAGCUCGUUCAACGUUUCGGUCGACACAUUCUCGAGUCAAACUGAAGCACUCUCUAUUCGUAAAACCAGAACAAAUUCAAACUGUAAAUUUUUAACUGUCCCUUCUUUAUAAGUUUUGAGUUCCCUUUCGAUAAAAUUGCGUUGAAAAGCAGCAUAAUCAAACGAAACCCCCGAGCCGAGCUAGCAGACAUUCCUCAACUUGCUUGGUAAGCAAGAAGCAAGAAGCACAAAGCAAGGAAGCAGGAUUUUGCGUUACCAAAAAAACCUCUUAACGCUUUCCAGCACCUAAGAAAGUCUUCUUGUAGCACUAUUUUCGGAAGACAUAUUCUAGUAGCAUAACAUCAGGAUGUCUGACAACACGGCCGUGAGCUCUGUGCUCAACGUUGUUCUAUGCGGAGCCGCCGGUUUCGGUUUCUACAAGAUUGGACCCAGUGAACACCCGUACGCCUUCACAGCCUGCGUUCUUGGUUUCUGCCAUGGACUCUUCGGCUUGGUUAGCGGUUUGACCGGCGAUGAAAAUGUCAAGAAGGUUACGGAGACGACCACAUCGAUCAUGGAGAUCAUACCGCUGCCACUAGUCAAUGUAGAUCUUUAUCUGGGCGCCGAGAGCAACAACAUUGCCCUGGGCCAUGGACUCUUCAUUGUGCCGCUGGGCGUCAGCGUGAUCCUCAGCUUUUUCAAGGGCGAAAGCGGAGAUGAGGGCGAAGGAAGCCCCCUUGACACGCUGAAGACCCUCACCAUUUUGGGUAACAUUACCUCGCUGUUGUAUCUGGCGAUCAAUGAGAGCAGCUGGAACCUGGGCGGCAUGGCCUUCCUGGCCUUCAUGGCCAAGUUCGGUGCCAAAUUCUUUGAGGAGCAGAUCAGCGAGGGCAGCGGGGAGCCGGUGACCUACUUAAGUUGGUCGGGCUUCUACGUCCUCACCGCCAUGGCCGUUUCGGGCGAGAAGUAGACAGAAGUGGGCGGUGUAUCUGCCCAAAUCCUGGGAUCCGGGCUCCUGACCAUCAGCCGAGUUGGCCCUUGCAUCCUCUUUUCCCCGUAGACUUCCCGUUACUUCCGGGACCCCAACUCAUUCGACCUUGGACGAGCAGAGUGAUGAAUAAAUUAUUGGACUGGUGCUACGGUGACUCGUUAAUAUUUUAAUCAUUUGGUUUCAAUAUUUAAGAAAUAUACAUUUAUCGAAAACUGGGCAA